AUGGCGCCUAAACAGCUUAAGCUUACUAGCCUUUUACCCAAGCUCGACACCAAUGCUCCCAUUGAGCUCAGGGCAGGCAUUACCAGCGUUCGAGUGGCGCCGGAGGUUGAGGCUGCAAGGACUGAGCGCGAGAAGGCACAUGCCGAUGAGAGGAUUGCAAAGCUUGCUGAAGCGGACGCUGAGGCCGGCAAGGCCAUCAUUGAGCAGGCCACGGCUCCUGGACACCAGCCAGUUGGCAGGCCCAGCAAUGCCAAGCCUUCCCUCGCGUCGCUGCUGCGCUGUUUGACCGGCGAACCGCUUCCCGUCCCCGAGCCCGCGCCGACUCCGAAGAACAAGAACAAGCGGGCUAACGUGGCGCCUGUGCGUGGCAACUACGAAAAGCGCAGCGACUGCACGGGAGUUCGCGGCGUGCACCAGACGAGCACUUAAUCAACAUGCAUUGCUUAAACGUCAUCGCGUGAUCCGUACUCACUACUAACUUAUUGUGGGGAAGGCCCAUUGCGUCUGCGACCACACUCCCGCGGACCCAAACCCUCAAA